AUGAUGUUGUUAAGGUCCUUAAAUUUGUUUGUUGUUAUUGCAACCUUUUUCAUUACUUUAACUCUAGGAUCUGAUAUAAAAGUUUUAUUACAACCAAACAGACCACCAAGUAAGCCUAUUCCAGGUAAUUCGCCUAUUGAAGUAUGUGAUAUAACCACAUCGCAAGCGUUAAUAAUAGAAAAUAUCGAUUUGACACCUAAUCCACCUGCUAGAGGCUCGGAAUUGAUCUUGGAAGCAUCUGGUGUAUUAUUGGAUUCGGUUUUAGAAGGCAGUUAUGUUGAUAUCGAAGUGAAGUUAGGUUACAUAAAAUUAGUUACACAGAGAUUUGACUUAUGUGAUAUUUUAAGACAAGAACAAAGUAAGAGUGUCCAUAGUAAGCAUAUGAUGGAAAUGAAACAUGAAAAGGAUGAGAAUCCAAUAGUGUGCCCUGUCUCAAAGGGACCACAUAAGAUAGUUAAGACAGUAAAAAUACCCAAAGAAGUUCCUGUGGGUCGUUACACUUUUAUAGCAAGGGCUUACACACAAGACAACUCAUUAUUAACAUGUCUUACUGGUGAUUUUCUUAUUUCGAUGAAUUGA